AUGGCUCGUACAAAACAAACAGCUCGUAAAUCUACUGGAGGAAAGGCGCCGCGUAAGCAGCUUGCCACCAAAGCUGCGCGCAAAUCUGCACCGGCAACUGGAGGAACCGUAGCUUUGCGUGAAAUUCGUCGUUAUCAAAAAUCGACUGAAUUACUUAUCCGCAAGCUUCCAUUCCAACGGCUGGUUAGAGAGAUUGCGCAAGACUUCAAGACCGAUCUUCGCUUUCAAUCUAGCGCUGUUCUUGCUUUGCAAGAGGCUUCUGAGGCAUAUCUUGUUGGUCUUUUCGAAGAUACCAACUUGUGUGCAAUCCACGCCAAACGUGUGACCAUCAUGCCAAAGGACAUCCAACUUGCCCGACGAAUCCGUGGCGAGCGUACGUAG